AUGUCCCCUCCAGCAUCGGCUGCAACAGCGAGUGAGAGCAGUACAACCACGGUCUUCGAGGAGGACAUCAGAGAAGAGCAAAGGCCUCUGAAGCAGUCCCUGAGCAAAGCUCUGUGCCGGGAGAGCUUCUGGAAAUGCCUGAUGCUCUCUGUGCUCAUGUACAGCUGCAUAGGGGCCAUGGUAUGGUGUCAUGUCACCAAGGUAACCCGACUCACCUUCGACAGUGCCUUCAAAGGGAUGUCCAUGAUGUACCAUGACAGCCCUUGCUCUGAUGGCUACAUCUAUAUCCCUCUGGCUUUAUUGGGCAUGCUCUACAUUGUAUACCUGGUGGAGUGCUGGCACUACCAUGCUAAGAACGAGCUGCAGCACAAAGUGGAUGUGGAGGGCAUUUAUGAGCGUGUGCAAAGGAUGCAACAGUCCAAACCCUGUAUAUGGUGGAAGGCCAUCAGCUACCACUAUGUCCGCCGAACACGGCAGGUCACACGUUACCGUAACGGGGAUGCCUACACAAGCACUCAGGUUUACCACGAAAGGGUUAACACCCAUGUUGCUGAGGCAGAAUUUGAGUACAGCCACUGUGGAGUGAAGGAUGUUUCGAAACAGCUGCUCGGCCUUGAGAAGUCUGCACUCACUAAGUUGAGGUUUACCAAGUGCUUUAGUUUUGCAAAUGUUGAGUCUGAAAACUCGUACCUCACCCAAAGAGCAAGGUUCUUCACUGAUAAUGAGGGCCUGGACGACUACAUGGAAGCACGGGAGGGAAUGCACCUGAAAAACAUUGACCUGAAAGAGUAUGUCAUUGUGUUGUCUGACCCUGAUCACAACCCCUGGUAUCUGUCCCAUUACGUAUUCUGGGUGGCCUCCUUCCUCACGCUCUCUUGGCCUCUGAGGGUAUUCACUGAGUGCCGCACAGCAUACGUCCAUUUCCGCGUCGAGAAGCUCUUCGGCGCGGACUACAUCCCAGUGACCCCUUGCGAUGAACGACCAUACUGCCGCCGCAUCCCCCGGGUCAACACCAUCGACAGCACGGAGCUGGAGUGGCACAUUCGCUCCAACCAGCAGCUGGUGCCAAGCUACUCUGAGGCCGGUCUUAUGGACCUGGCCCAGUGCUCUACCAGCUUUGCCGGCUUCCGACAGAACUGCGAGCGGUGCCACCGGGCCAUUAGCUGCUCCUCUGUGUUCUCCAGGAGUGCCCUCAGCAUCUGCACGGGGGCCAGUGCACGCAUUCCCUUCAGCUCCAGCCGCUUCUCCCUGGCUCGGCGUCACGGCUCCCGCCGCAGCUGCUUCUGGAGGAGCGGCAGCCUGGACGAUCAGGAAAGCCCGAGCGAGAACACACGCUGCUUGUCCGAUCAACAGGCCAAUGAGAGCGAGGACCCACCUGACUAUCAGGAUGCCCUGUGCUUUCCCGUGCUAAUUGUCCAUUGCAGCGAGAACUGCCACAGUCACAGGUCCUUCCAUAGGAAUGGCACCUGCGUUGAGACUUCCUUAUGA